GCGACCAUGGCCCGAGGCGGUAUGCAAAUCCGUCCGCGUUUCCCGCCGUCCUCUGCCGCCUCCACCGCACCCCCGACCGCCAUGCCUUUGCCCGGACAGCAAAUGACGCAGGUCAGCCAGAGCGGCCUGCCCAUGAUGUCUUCCGCGUCCCCUGUCCAAGCGCAGACGCCGCAGCCAAUGGCGCCGCCGCCGCCACAACAACAGCAGCCGCAGCCAUCACCGCAACCGGGGCAACCCACCUCACAACCGAACUCCAACGUAAGCUCCGGCCCGGCGCCGUCCCCCAGCAGCUUCCUCCCGAGUCCGUCACCGCAGCCGUCGCAGAGUCCGGCCGCUGCGCGAACGCCGCAGAACUUCAGCGUCCCGUCACCGGGGCCCCUCAAUACACCCGGCAAUCCCAGUUCAGUCAUGAGCCCGGCCAGUACAAAUCAGUCCGAGGAGCAGCAGUACCUGGAGAAGCUCAAGCAGCUCUCCAAAUACAUAGAGCCCCUCCGGCGCAUGAUCAACAAGAUUGACAAGAAUGAAGACAGGAAGAAGGACCUGAGCAAGAUGAAGAGCCUCCUGGACAUCCUGACUGAUCCUUCGAAAAGAUGCCCCCUGAAGACCCUCCAGAAGUGUGAGAUCGCGCUGGAGAAGCUGAAGAACGACAUGGCGGUGCCGACCCCCCCUCCGCCUUCAGCGCCACCCACGAAACAGCAGUACCUCUGCCAGCCGCUGCUGGACGCCGUCCUCGCCAACCUGCGUUCGCCUGUCUUCAAUCACUCCCUCUACCGGACCUUCGUCCCCGCAAUGGCCGCCAUCCACGGCGCGCCCCUCGCGUACGUACGCUCCUCCCUUCGUCCCUUUCUCAUUCCCCUCUUCCUUCCUUCCUUCCCUCCUUUCUCAUUCCAUCCUUCUCCCUUGCUAUCCUUCCUUCCUUUGUUCUCU